UUGUUUAUAUUUUUGUUGCAACGGUGUGUGUCGUUGUUUGGGUUUGUGCCUCUGUUGAAUGAAUUUGUAUUUUUUGUACCGUAGCGAUUUUAACAAUUCUUAUGAAAGCCAAUGGUUUUUUGAGGUCAAUAUUGAUAGGAAUUCCAAUUGGUGUGACAAUUUUUGAUUCUGUUGGGUAUGUGGCAAAAGUUGAAGGAAUUUCCAUGCAGCCUGCUUUCAACCCUGGCGAAUCCGAUACAGAUUAUGUUCUGCUGAACCGAUGGUCAGUUAGAAACUUUGACGUUGAUAGAGGAGAAAUCGUGUCCGUGGUAUCUCCCAAAGAUCGAAAUCGGACGAUAAUUAAGAGAGUAAUUGGUUUAGAAGGCGACAUUAUCCGCACUGUUGGCUACAAAACCAGUUUUAUUAGAAUUCCUGAAGGCCAUAUCUGGGUAGAAGGAGACCACAAAAGUCAUUCAUUAGACUCCAAUUCAUUUGGACCAAUUUCUUUAGGCCUUGUUACAGCCAAAGCUCAGUGUAUUGUUUGGCCACCUAAUAGAUGGCAGAAUAUAAAACCAGAAAUCGAUGAAACCAGACGACCUUUCAAUGCAAACUGACAUAAAAUCUUCUAAAAUAAAAAAAAUGCGUUCAGUUUGUUUUGUAAAGCAUUUAGAAUUUGAACUCGAAGGAAAUGUUUUAAGCCAUGCCAUAGGAUUGGGAGACAUUGACAAUGAUGGAAACAAUGAAUUAAUAAUAGGUAAUAUAAAUGGUGACCUGACAAUCUUUAAGGAAGACAGAGAAUGGCAGAAGAUAUCUGGAUUGGGAAUGAUAACCGCUAUUGGAGUGGGUGAUGUUUUUAACAUUGGAUGCAAUGCUUUGGUUGUGGUUUGUGGUGAUGGAUGGUGUCACAUUUUAUUGAAGUCAACUCGUGAAAUAAAAGACCAACAAGAAAGUAAACUUGAAUCAGUCCAUGUGCAAAGAAUACCAGCAAAUACAAAGGUGGUGCUACUGGGGGACAUGGACGGGGACGGCGGCCAGGAGCUGGUGCUGGGGCUGACGGACAGAGUAGUGCGCUGCUACCGCUGGCUGGCGGAGCAGGCGGAGGGUCCUGGGGACCGGCCCGUCUGCGGGAGGCUGGUGGGACUGCACAAGUGGGAGUGCGCCAACCAGAUCGGCACCGUGACCCUCAACUACUCUGCGGACGGCAGGCCCUGCCUGCUGGUGGCGCAGCCGGGAGGCACCUUCUUGAAGAUCCGCUGCAACGUGGCGUCAGCUGAGAACACAGAUGAUCUUGCCAGCACCUCCGUGGACUACCACCCCUUGACUUCAUCACGCAUGCGCAACCCAAACGUCUCGACUGGAGUCCUUGGCUGCAUCAGGCCGCCGGGGGUGAAGGAGGACGACAAGACGUGCAUGCGCUACGCUGUGGCCACCCUGGACGGUACCCUGAUGCUGGUGCAGAACGAGGAGGUGUUGUGGUCGAUCCAAGUGGACCACCAGCUGUUUGCCCUGGACAAGCUGGACGUGACCGGGGACGGCGCCGAGGAGAUAGUGGCAUGCUCGUGGGACGGCCAGACCUACAUCCUGGACCAGCGCAAGUGCUGCGUCAGGUUCCAGCUGGAGGAGUCGGUGCGUGCUUUCUGCUGCGGCCGCUACACUCUGGGCUCCUCCCGCGCGCCCACGCCCGUGUUCAUCUACAACACCUUCACGAACAAGGUGUACGUGUUCCACGACAUAAGCCUGGCCCGCAUGGUGGUUACUAACCAUCAAAGUGUGGUCCAGAGUGUUGCUCCGCAGUUAAAUAGAAGAAAUUCUCAGUUGCUAAUGGAAUGGUGCCUGUAUGGUCGCAAAAGAUAGUGUUUGUAGAGUUUCAUUUUUUUUAGUUACUUCUGUGCCUACUACCACAUUUCUUUCCUAAAUAUUGUCUGAUAUUUCUAUUUAUAAAUUGUGUACAGUUAAAAUAAAUAAAGUUGUCCUUAAUAUUA